CACACGUUGGUUAAUUAAUAUUCUGUCAGACAUCAGAAGUUCUGAACUUAAACCAAAUUAAAAUACCAAAAAGCCACGUAGUAAGUGCCAUUAAAAAUCCUGCUGCAGCAGCCGCCCUUUGUUCCCCCUGGUGUGGGCCUGCUGUCCUGACCAGCAGAUGGCCGCUGGGUGGCGCUCUUGCUCCAUCAAAAAGCCUCCAGAUUCCCCAACUUGACCGCGCUGACGUCACGCCAGUCUGGAGCAUCAAGGCCACUUCCACGCAGCUAUUGGUCUGAAAAUCACAUGACAUGUCUCCCAGCAUCCAUAAUUAUGUUACUGAUAUUUUGCACCCCCCUCCAAAAGAUGUCAGCAUCCUACUGUCCUUACUCUCCUGGAGAAAUCCCGUAGUUCAGAGAGCAGUGCAACACCACAAACGAUCACUGUGUUGCUACAUGCAAAAAUGUCAUGUCCGAAUAACAUAGCGCCCGGUAACUUCCUGAUGGAUUCCUUAAUGGGAGGAUCAUCUUCCUUCAGGGGUGAGGGUUAUUCCAGCAACCCCGGGAUGUACAUCCACUCAGCUGCAGAGUACGGAUAUUCAGUGAUGAGAAACAUUGGGAAGGUUGGACCAUCUUCACUCCCCAAAAGAGACGAGGUUCCUCCGAGCGGCUUCCAGGAUGCGCCCUACCUGUCAACACAGCUGGCCACAUGGACCCCAGGCUCCAAAACCAGUAGGGACGAACAACCUGUUGCCCAGUGUUUACAGCCCUGCUCGUUUCCAGCGGGCAACGUCAAAGAGGAGGCGUUUUGUUGUCUCUAUCAGGACGACAGCAAUAAGGGGAAACAGACAACAGAGUCAGCCACUUACAUCCGGCUCGGGGACAAUAGCUGCCUGCCGGAGACAACCGCCUCGUCCAGUGGCUGUUUCCAGGUGUACAACGGCGAGAGGCCGCAGCAGGAAGAGCAGCGGUUCCCCUCCGGCUUCUCUCUGACCCACUUGGCGACAUCUGUUGAGUCAACAUCAGAAACGACAAUAAGUUGCGGCAAGUCGGCGCAGGAGACAACGAGAGAGGUUUCACAGACUGAUGAGAGUCAGAGCAGGAAGGAAGAGAAGGCCAAGAGUGACAGCUGUUCUGAUAACUCGGACGGGGAAUUAAAAGAUGAUUUAGCCGCGGAAAAGACAACUGGAAGCUGGUUAAAAGCCAAAAGUGGAAGGAAGAAGCGGUGUCCCUACACAAAGCACCAGACGCUGGAGCUGGAGAAAGAGUUCUUGUUCAACAUGUAUCUGUCUCGGGAGCGCCGCCUGGAGAUCAGCCGGAGUAUCAACCUGACCGACAGACAGGUCAAGAUCUGGUUCCAAAACAGACGCAUGAAGCUCAAGAAGCUUAACAGGGAGAGUCGAGAGAGGGAGCACAGUGCAGUUUAUAACUAUUCCUGAUGAUAUUCCGACCUUCACAUUCACAUCCACACACAACCACACACAUACACACACAUGCACAGACAUAGACAAACAUGCAUGUGUCAUCUUAUAAUGCAUUCAUUAUUCAUAUAUCAAGUUUCUCUUUAUGUGCACACCACACACACACACACACACGAACACACACACACACACACACACA